AGAAAGUAAGUCCUCUCGCAAUGCCCAUCAUUGGUGAGUUCUCGUCAGGGCAGACCCACGUCACAACUAGCUGGUACCUUGAAUCGACCGGUCUCGGACCAGGACCGCGGUGGCAGCGCGAGUCUGCCAGACACAACGCCGUCGUGGUGGCCGAGGGCGGACAAAACGUAAUAGCACUACUUGCAGGCCUCGGUGCCAUGUGUAGUGAGCGAGUUCGAUCCAGAAUGCUGUCUUGAUGAAGUCAGCACACGCGACAGCAGCAUGGGAACGGGAGCUUUCUCCAGAUUUUUGACACCUCGUUAUCUUCUCCGUCAUCCUCCCACCACACCUCAAUUCAUCCAAAGUUCAUCGUCCCUGCGGGGUGACAUGUGCGGACAUGAGCAAGAGUGUGGACAUGAGCAAGAGUGUGGCUCGCAGAACUUUUGGAAGUUCCACAGUCGCUGCAGGGUCGUUCUCGUCUAACUCGAUAUAGCAGCAUCCUUAUCUGUGACCAACGAGAGAUUACCGAC